GGUACAACAGACUCAUAUUGCGCGGUGCGUUAGGAGUGAGAGAAUUUGGUAUAUUUGAGUAUUUACGCACGCGUUUGUAUUCAAAUUUAAAGCAGUGACAUUGGCAUGAAGUUUACGCGACAGGCAGCAUGGAUAUACUGCGGCCUGGAUGACGAAGGACAUUUGCAGAUAUUGGCCAAAACUAGUCCCCCGUUUGCAGGAUGGUUUGCGUCUGAGCGCAGCGGGAUUUGUUGAGUGGUCGAUCAAGAAGAAGGGCGGAGAGGUUACCGAGGACACUCUGUCAAACUAAAAUGUCCACACCGGCGUCCAGGCGGAAUAGUUGCCGUGGGACUGUGUGUGGAAGCCGGGCAUCAUCCGAGGGAUAUGUCCGCCGCCGAGCCUCCAACUCCUCUUCCAUUGCGCCAGGAGCGCAAACGGAAGACUCAUCCGUCAGCCUGAGCCAGCCGAUAUUUACCAUAACGCUCCGGUUUCUGCUGGCAAUAGACCUGUGGCUGUCCAAGCGACUCGGGGUGUGCGCCUGUGAGAAGUCUGCGUGGGGCGGCAUACGGCCCCUGGUGCGGCUGGUGGAGUUGUCCGGUCAUGUUGUCCCCUGGCUCAUCGGCACUGUGUACACUUUCCUCCGUGGAGAGAGCGUGGAGGAGCAGGAGGUCAUGCUGAACUUGGGCCUGGCUCUGAUUCUGGACGUGCUGCUUGUGAGAACCGUGAAGACAGUGGUCAGGCGCCGAAGGCCCUCACAGAACCGCUCCGACAUCCUCUCCGCCUUCUUCAUGGAGCGCUACUCCUUCCCCUCGGGCCACGCCUCGAGGGCGGCCAUGUGCGCCCGGUUCUUCCUUGCCCAGCUGGUGGACACGGCCUCCCUGCGGGUCCUGGUUGUGGGCUGGGCCUUCCUGGUCAGCUUGUCUCGGCUGCUGCUUGCCAGACACUAUGUGACAGAUGUGGGCGUUGGUCUGGCUAUGGGCUACUGCCAGUACAGCCUGGUGGAAAAGCUGUGGGUGACUUGGGACUGCCUGCAGGACCUGCUGCUCAUGCCACUGAGCGAGAGACUCAACAGGGCUUAUGUUGGACUCUGGCUCGUAAACUGGAAACAUUAAUUUAGGCUGAGGUGUGUGUCAUCCUCUGUGUGAGGAAAUGUGUAGCACGAGUUUGUUUAACUCAGAAAUGUUCCGCUAUUAUAAAAAGUGAUCGUUAUUUCUUAUUGAUCACAGAUGCUACAUUAUUCUUACGUUUUCUUCAUGUCUAUCGGUUUUAAGUGCAUUUGUUUGUGUGGAAACGUCGUUAGGGUGCUCAUGUCGCUUGUUUGCACAAUGGCACUGAGGAUAAGUUAACUUAAUUCCCCAAUGCCGAAACCAAAGCUGCUUUUAAUUUUUAAUCAAAAGCCAAUUAAAGCAAGCUAUGUGUAAAGACGUGCAUCUCUUUGACACCAAACAAAAUGAGACCUACAUGCUACUUCCUGGUUAAGUGGCAAUUUCUUGUGGUAUGUGGUCUCUUUCUGAGCUGUCACUAUCCACAAUUGUUGCUGCAUGUGUGUGUGAACACUGUUGUGGUAAAGUGAACUCGCACUCCCCCAUGUUUCCAUCAGCUGCUGCUGAGUCUCCUGACUGCCAUUACACAUUAAUGCAUCCCGUCUCAUCUUACCGUGCUGAUAAACUCUGCUGUCACGGAGCUCCUUCCCAACGUGAAACUCCCAAAUUAAAAUGUUAUAAAUGUUGUAGAGGUCAGGGGAGUGGCUCAUGCUUGUACUCAUGCUUUGAUGAAGCACGUUAAACUCCUGUCAUAAGGCGUGGACGGUGUGCGUGGAGAAUGCAGGUGCUGCCAGUUUUAUUAUUGUUGUGCCAGCGCACAACAAUAAUAAAACACUAACAAGUACAAAGCUCUAAAAAAAUAUUAAUAUGUGAGUUAAACUACAAUAAACAGAAGAUUGAGUUGUUGAAUAUAUUAAAAGUAUUAAAAGUGAAUUAAGCUCUACCUGAUCAGCUGUAAAACUGAAAAGCUGCUUGUAUGCAUUAAUAAUCAUCAAGGAGUGUCAUUGCUAUGGGGUGGGGGUGUCUGGUCUGGUCUAGGUGGGUUCUACAUGUCUAAGUAACAUAUACAUGAAUGAAUGUCAGGUCCAAAAGUUUCCCAGCAGAGCACUGAAUUGUCACAUGAUGAUCAACGUUAUUCACUUCUCCCGUCAGUGGUUUUAAUGUUAUGGCUGAUUGGUGUAAUAAAACAUUCAAAUUACAAAAACUGAGGUGGAUAUUACACAGUGUUUCAUACAGAGAUAGUAUCUAAAGGUGGUAGUGCUACUGUGUGCUCAGCUGUCACAGAGGUGAGCUGUUUUACAAUGUUGUGGUGAAAGGUGUUCACCGUGACAGUGGAGCUGAAUGAGUCACUUGUCGAGUCAUCCUUGUUCACUUCUGCUUCAUAUGGUCCUUAUCUGGGUGUUUAUUAAGUAGAAUAAAACAGCUGUUUGUUGUUUGUAAAA